UGCUGCUGCCGCCGGCCCCGCUCGUCCUUCCCUAGCUUAGCCCUUCCGCGCCUCCUCGUUAUAUCGGGGCAUCGCUGAAAACGGAGACAAUGGCGGCGGCGGCUGCAGCGGCCACCACCGCCACCCCCACCACCAGCAGUAGUAGCAGCAGCAGCAGCAGCAACACCAGCAAGAGCACCAGCAGCGGCGGCGGCGGCCGAGGCGCUGCCGCCGACGCCAGCCCCCGGGGCAGCGGCACGGGCGCGGGGCAGCGGCAGCAGCAGCAGCAGAGGCAGCCCCCGCAGCAGCAGCAGCAACAGCCCGAGCCCCCCAGGAAGCAGCGCAUGGACCCGCGGCGCCGGCAGGCUGCCCUCUCCUUCCUCACCAACAUCUCUCUGGACGGGCGGCCCCCGCUGCAGAGCGAGGACUGGGGCAGCGGCGAGGAGAGCGGGGCGGCCAGGUCCGGGACAGGCGGCGCCGCGGGCGGCGGAGUCCGGGCUCGGCUCAGCCUGCUGUCGGCCGCCGACAAGGGCAGCUUCUACCCGCCCGCGGCGGCGGCGGCGGCAGCUGGAGGGACUGCCUGUGCGCUGCUGCAGCAGCAGCUGGGCUGCUAUCCCCCUGCAGCAGCGCCCCACUGCGGGGGUGCCCGGGGGCUCAUGAGCCCCCUGAGUGUGGACCGGGCGUCGGGGGAACAGUCUCAGGCUAGCCGGCAGCCACCUCCCCCUCCGCUCCAGCAGCCUCCGCUGCGGCAGCAGCGUGACGGGCCGGGGGAGGGAGGGGAGGAGGAGUUGGAAGAAGACGACGCCUUUGCCCCGGUGCAGGUGCCGGCGGCCUCUUUCUUGGGCUCCGGGACACCGGGGGGUGGGAGCGGCAGCCGGAGUCGCCUCAACUCCUUCACUCAGGGAAUCCUGCCCAUCUCCUUCUCCAGACAGACCUCGCAGAACUAUUGCUGUCUUGAGCAGUCGGGGCAGGUGGGCGCCUUUGAGCAGCUGCAGAGGUCCCGACGUCGUCUGAUCUCCCAGAGAUCUUCCUUGGAGACCUUGGAGGAUAUUGAAGAAAAUGCUCCAUUACGGAGAUGUCGGACCCUGUCAGGUUCACCCAGACCAAAGAACUUUAAGAAGGUUCAUUUUAUCAAGAACAUGAAGCAGCAUGAUACCAGGAACGGCAGAAUAGUCCUUAUCAGCGGCAGGAGGUCCUUCUGUAGCAUCUUUUCAGUGCUGCCUUAUCGGGACUGCGCCCAGACUGGGGAUAUGAAAUUGGACGGACGACAGUCUGCUGGAGCUGUGAGCUUGAAGGAGAUCAUUGGCCUUGAAGGUGUAGAGCUGGGAGCCGACGGCAAGACUGUUUCUUACACCCAGUUUCUGUUACCCACCAAUGCCUUUGGAGCUCGGAGAAACACCAUAGACUCCACUUCUUCCUUCUCCUCCCAGUUUCGCAAUGCCAGCCACCGUAGCCUCUCCGUAGGACGGGCAAGCAGCAGCACCCAAGGGAGCAUCGACACAGGGAGUGACCUGGGAGAUUUCAUUGAUUAUGACCCAGAUCUUUUGGACGAUCCCCAGUGGCCCUGUGGCAAGCACAAGCGAGUUUUAAUCUUUCCUUCAUACAUGACCACAGUCAUUGACUAUGUAAAGCCCUCAGAUCUUAAGAAAGACAUGAAUGAGACCUUCAAGGAGAAGUUUCCUCAUAUCAAAUUAACUCUCAGCAAAAUACGAAGUCUGAAGCGAGAGAUGAGGAAACUGGCACUGGAGGAGUGUGGCUUCGAGGAGCCGACGGUGGCCAUGGCCUUUGUCUACUUUGAAAAGCUGGCCCUCAAGGGGAAGCUCAACAAACAGAACCGGAAGCUUUGUGCUGGGGCCUGUGUGCUGCUAGCUGCCAAAAUUGGAAGUGACCUCAAAAAACACGAAGUCAAGCACUUAAUUGAUAAACUGGAAGAGAAGUUCCGGCUUAACCGACGAGAGCUGAUUGCCUUUGAAUUCCCAGUCUUAGUGGCCUUGGAAUUUGCUCUCCAUCUCCCUGAGCAUGAAGUUAUGCCCCACUACAGACGACUGAUCCAAAAUUCCUAGCACAGGCCACCCUCCUGGGGCAGGGGGAAAGACUGCUUCCUUUGAGGUCUGUGGAACAGCAGUUAUGACUGGAAAUGCAAAGACAGAACUCAAAAUAUACCAAAAUUUUUUUUUCAUUCAACAUCGCUUUCUUCUGAAGUAGAAGCUGUACUAGAGACAUUUCAGGGACUCUUCAGUCUUGUUCAGCCUAGAUGAACUCAUGGUAGCUCUUGACUACCCAGAGCAAAGGAAGAAGGAGGAACAAGAUGGAGACAGUGGAGGCCCAGCACUGUCCCUGAGGAAAUGGGCUUUUGGGGACCAAGUAAGGAAUAUUCAGUUGCCCAUCUCAGCUUAUUGAAAUACAAGAGUCUUUCACAGUUUCCAUUCCAGUCUUCCUUCCGGUCAUCUGUCCACCUUGCAAACCUAGGCCAGGACCUUCUUUCCUUUACUUUUUCUAUUGGCCUGUUCCAGCCUGGGGUAGGGGCAGUCGAAGGCAAAAUGAGAGAGGACUUUCAGAGGUGGGGAAAAAGCUUUUAAAAGAUAUCUUCACUGUGUCAAAAAGAGUGUGCCAAUCUAUUUUUGUAUUUGAUAUUGGAAGUGCACUUUUCCUGGGAUGGGGGAGGGGGGACAUAGUGAAUGCGUAUGUCUGUGUGCAUGUUUAUAUGCACACGUAUGUGUGUAUGUAUGGGACACUACAUUCCUAGUCUCCAAACAGUGUCACAGUUUCCUUGAAAAUGUAACUUUUGGGAAAAGUGAGCAGUGAGAUCAUCCUUAAUGUUUCAUUUUCCAGUCCCAGAUCAUUUAUCCUUUUUAUGCUUUUUUCCAAGAUGACAGUUUCAGCUACUUCAAGUGUAAGAGACAAGUCAGCAGCAGACCACCCACUUCAGUAGUGUAUUUUUGUUGUCCAGUCAUUUUUUGGUCAUGUCCAACUCUUCAUGAUCCCAUUUGGGGUUUUCUUGGCAAAGAUACUGGAG